AUAUAGACUUUUUUUCCUGGUACAUAUGGAUAGGUGUACUGUACAUAUAGGCAUCGAUGCACCACUCUCCAAUGUCGCUCAUGCAUUGUGUUGAAGGUUUGAGCUUUCCCGGCAACAAAAAGGCCACGCCUACUUUCUAUCGAGUACCGACCAAGCCUUGAGUUCUCCUUUCGUUGUCUUGAAAUCUCCGCGCUCUAACAAACCGUCACUUCUCCAUUCUCCCUGAUAUUAAUCAGAGAGACCCUGAAUCAGAAGCAAAAACGCCCCCCUUUCUCGUUUUCGCAUUUUUGGAUUAGAUCAGAGAUACAUGGCAUCUGCGAUGUUUUCCAUGGCAUCUGCAAAAUCGUUCACGAGUUCAGUAGCUCGUGCGAAUUAUCAGGGGAAGCUUUGUUCUGCUAAUUUUGAUGUCUCCAGCAUCAAUCACACAUUUAAGAAGAAGAAUGUGAAUACUCUUUACAGGGCACAGAACUCUGGGGGAGUAACCAUGACUGUUGCAGUUAAUGUUUCUCGUUUUGAGGGUGUGACAAUGGCACCUCCAGACCCAAUUCUGGGGGUUUCUGAAGCAUUCAAAGCAGACACAAAUUCAAUGAAGCUCAACCUUGGAGUUGGAGCUUAUCGCACUGAAGAACUCCAGCCUUAUGUGCUUAAUGUGGUUAAAAAGGCAGAAAAUCUGAUGCUGGAGAGAGGAGAUAACAAAGAGUAUCUUCCUAUUGAAGGAUUAGCUGCAUUCAACAGAGCCACUGCAGAGUUGUUGUUAGGCGCAGACAAUCCUGUUAUCAAGCAGGAAAGAGUUGCAACUGUUCAAGGCCUUUCAGGGACUGGGUCUCUUCGUCUUGCUGCAGCAUUUAUACAGAGAUACUUUCCUGAUGCGAAAGUCCUAAUAUCAUCUCCAACAUGGGGAAAUCAUAAGAACAUCUUCAAUGAUGCUAGGGUUCCUUGGUCAGAGUACAGAUACUAUGACCCUAAAACUGUUGGCCUUGACUUUGAUGGGAUGAUUUCAGACAUAAAGGCUGCCCCGAAUGGGUCUUUUGUAUUGCUUCAUGGCUGUGCUCAUAACCCAACUGGUAUUGACCCUACUUCGGAGCAAUGGGAAAUAAUUGCUGAUGUCAUUCAAGAAAAGAACCACAUUCCAUUCUUUGAUGUUGCUUAUCAGGGAUUUGCAAGCGGAAGCCUUGAUGAAGACGCCUCAUCUGUCAGGCUUUUUGUGUCUCGUGGUAUGGAACUUUUUGUUGCUCAGUCUUACAGCAAAAAUCUGGGCCUUUAUGCAGAAAGAAUUGGAGCUGUAAAUGUUAUCUGCUCAUCCUCAGAUGCAGCAGCUAGGGUAAAGAGCCAACUGAAAAGGCUUGCUCGGCCAAUGUACUCCAAUCCUCCUGUUCACGGGGCUCGGAUUGUUGCCAAUGUGGUUGGAGACCCUGCCCUCUUCAGUGAAUGGAAAUCAGAAAUGGAAUUCAUGGCAGGAAGGAUAAAGAGUGUCAGAAAGAGGCUCUUUGAAAACCUUUCUCAGAAGGAUAAAAGUGGGAAGGAUUGGUCCUUUAUUCUGAAACAGAUAGGCAUGUUCUCCUUUACUGGUUUGAAUAAAGCUCAGAGUGACAACAUGACAAACAAGUGGCAUGUUUACAUGACCAAGGAUGGCAGGAUAUCCUUGGCUGGGCUAUCUUUGUCCAAAUGUGAGUACCUUGCAGAUGCCAUAAUAGACUCGUAUCACAAUGUCAACUAGAAGGUGAUUGAAGGCUGUUUAGAUUCUUCCAACGGUGGUUACAUUGGAAAUAUAUUUCCUCAUUCUCUUAAGUUGUCUCAGCAUCAUGUAGAAGUACUCAAGAUCAUUAACUCUCCAUUUAUAGGUCAUUAUUGAGAACACAAUAAUUUCUCAUUGAGAGAUCAUUGUUUUUGAACUUUGUAAUACAAAUUUUGAUAAUAUCUCUGAGUUGGUCUAGCAAUGUUAUUGUCUUUUGCUCUCUUGA